AGGAGAGUUGGCCUGUCACUGGAGCUGCGGGGGACAGACGGACUUUUGAGAGAUCCUCUGAUAGCAAGGCCUGUAGUGAGACUAUGGAGGAGGAGCAAGCUUGCGGGCAUACGGGUGAAUGGAGAGUCUCAUGCGAGCCUUCUAAUGAGGAGGACUUUGUAGUUCUGGAGACACCUGACGGGGACAAAACAGAAUCAUCUAUCAAAAAUAGAGCUGAGGAAGCCGUGACGCAACAAUUCAGGAACUGCCUGCCAGACAGGGUUGAAUUGACAGACGGCAGGUGUCCACAUGCCAAUGGUCACUUGCAAAAUACAUUUGAGGAGGCAGACCACUUGAUGGGGACGAGAAAGGAAUCAAACUGUGGACACUCCGCUUUACUGACUGACUCGGAAACUAGGGAAACAGCAAAUCCAGAUUCAGGGUUUCAUGCACCAAAAACCCAAGCGGACAGGUUUGCCAGUGUUGUCUCCAAGAGGGCAAAAGCAGUUGCGUGCAAUUUGGGAACAACAAUACCCUUCAAAGACCAGAGCUCUUGUCCAAAGCAGGACGAUUGGGUUGAUUGUAUUGAAGACUGUGAUGGAACGACACAUUUUGGACACCUGACAAACAAAAGUGAUCUUGUUUGCUUUUCUGCCAUCAUCACCCCUCCACCUUUAUCUCAUCUUUUACCUGAAAGAGACGCAAUGAGUGGACAGAUGGACAAGCCUCCAUCGACAGAGAGGCCUAAAGUCAAAGGUCCACCUCCACCAGUUCCGAAGAAACCUAAAAAUCCAUUCAUUAAGCCAAAGGCAACUCGGGUGAUGUCCAGCGAUGUGCAAAGACGAGGAAACCUGCGUUCUGAAGACAGAGCCAGGAGGAGACACACUUUUGAUUUUAACAGAUGCGUCCUCAGAGACGCUCCAGUGUUCAACCAGGACAUGUGUGUACUGUGGGAUGAAAGGGGCACCUACACCAACACACAUCGUUUGUCCAUGGACCUCAGUCCUUGGGAACACUUGUCACUGGAACACAUGGACGACGAGUACGGGGACUUGAUCGACUUUGAGUACUGCACUCGUAUGGCCAAACUGUCCUCAGAAGAGGACCUCAUGGACUUGGACAUGUUGCAGAGACGCGCGUCCCAGGAAAAACAAAAUAAGUUUAAAAGGGCACAGCCGCCUGUUGUGAAAAAGCCGACAAAUCCUUUCAUCCCCGCAGAGUCUGUUCAUGCACCAGAGGUUGCAUCAGAUAAUGAGACUGAGCAACCAAAACCUGCUCUGAGAAGAGAGCUCUUCACACGGGACAACAACAGACUUCUAGCUCAUCCCAGAACUACGACACAGACAGAUGAUCAUACAGAGAUUGCGUCGUACAAGCCGGUGGCCAAGCUCGUCAGGGAGACAAUGAAGAGAAGUCAGGCAAACCGACAAAAACCUGAAGGAGCUAAAACCCAAGUCCAGGUGGCAGAGCAUCAGAGUCCAAGUGUCAAAGUAUCCCAAAUGAAGAACACCUUUGAUGUACCAAAGAAGUCCAAAGAGAGACCACAAGAACAUCAACCACCUCUAAAGAAAGACAUGUUGCGGCGAGUUGUGCGUCAGAGCAAAUUCCGCCACGUCUUCGGCCAGGCGGUGAGGAACGACCAGUGCUAUGAUGACAUCCGCGUCUCCAGGGUGACAUGGGACAGCUCCUUCUGCGCCGUCAACCCCAAGUUUGUCGCCAUCAUCAUUGAGGCUAGUGGGGGCGGAGCCUUCCUUGUCCUUCCUUUACACAAGACCGGACGCAUAGACAAGGUCUUCCCUACAGUAUGUGGUCACACGGGUCCGGUACUAGACAUCGACUGGUGUCCUCACAAUGACCUUGUUAUCGCUAGCGGCUCGGAGGACUGCACCGUUAUGGUUUGGCAGAUCCCUGAGAAUGGUCUGGAGUCUGCCCUCUCAGAGGCAGUGGUGGUGUUGGAGGGCCACUCCAAGAGGGUGGGCAUCGUGUCUUGGCAUCCCACGGCUCGCAACGUUCUCCUCAGUGCAGGGUGUGACAACCAGAUCAUCAUCUGGAAUGUGGGCACGGGUGAGGCCAUGAUCAACCUGGAUGACAUGCAUCCCGACGUUAUCUUUAGUGUCAGUUGGAGCCGCAACGGCAGCCUCCUCUGCACCGCCUGCAAGGAUAAAAAGGUCCGUGUCGUCGACCCUCGUAAAAAGAAGAUCGUUGCGGAGAAGGACAAAGCCCAUGAGGGAGCCCGGCCAAUGAGAGCAAUCUUUUUAGCAGACGGAAAGAUUUUCACCACUGGAUUCAGCCGCAUGAGCGAGCGCCAGCUAGCGCUAUGGAAAGCUGACAACAUGGAAGAACCCAUUUGCGUCCAAGAAAUGGACUCCAGCAACGGCGUCCUGCUCCCCUUCUUUGACCCAGACACCAAUAUAGUAUACCUGUGUGGAAAGGGUGACAGCAGCAUUCGGUACUUUGAGAUCACAGACGAAGCGCCGUACGUCCACUACCUCAACACCUUCUCCACCAAGGAGCCCCAAAGGGGGAUGGGGUACAUGCCCAAACGUGGACUAGAUGUCAACAAAUGUGAAAUUGCCAGGUUCUAUAAAUUACAAGAGAGAAAAUGUGAGCCAAUCAUCAUGACAGUUCCCCGAAAGUCGGACCUCUUCCAGGAUGACCUGUACCCAGAUACGGCAGGCCCGGACCCCGCCCUGGAGGCAGAGGAGUGGUUUGCCGGAAAAAACGGGGGGCCUAUCCUGAUCUCGCUUAAGGACGGCUACGUCCCGACCAAGGGCCGCGAUCUCAAAGUGGUUAAGUCGAACGUCCUGGAGAACAAACCCACCACAAAGGCGGAAAAUGUUUCAAACGUCCAGAAGCACAUCUCUCACGCGCCCGUGCAGCAAUCAACAAAGAUGGAGGAUAAACUGGAGGAGGUACUCAGAGAGUUCAAGUCUCUGCGGGACCGGGUCAUCCUUCAGGACCGUCGGAUUGCCAGACUGGAAGAGCAGGUCGCAAAGGUUGCUAUGUAAGUCUCAAAUUCCACCUGCCCAUUUCCCUUCCCGCCCCGUCCCCAACUAGACCGGGAUUUUGGCGGCCAUACUGCAACGAGACCAGGUCUACAUUCCAAGAUGAACUUUUCCUCAUCAGUCCCUCCUUUUCCCACACUUUGUCCACGAAGUCACAAAAAAAACUCUUUUUCUUCAAAGAAACAGUCUUAUGUUUUUUUGUUUUUGGUUUCAAGUUGUGCUGAAAGGUUGUCAUGUGAAGUUGACUCCUCCAAUUUUUAUGUAGCAUCAGUAUUUCCUGUCAUCUUCUCUGUGUUGCCAAAUAUCAAUUGUGUGCAGUUUCAUGCACUGCUUUUGACUUUUCUGCCCUGUCGUACAUUCCAGGUAGAAUGACAUAGUCAAGCUGAUUUGUCUUUUUCAUUUUUUUUUUAAAAACAAAAUCUCUUGAACUCCCCCGCACACCCACCUCCUGCCUCCCAGUCUUUCAUUGCUAAAGAUCAGAUUUAUGAAUGUGGAUCCUGUGAUCCUGUAGGCUUGAAAUGUACCAAUUUAUUUUUUAUUUUUUUGGGGGGGGGUGUUGGCAGUGGUCAGGGUUGCAUAUGUUGCAUAUCCAGUUGUAAAUGUUGUGCAAAUAUAGUGGUGCCUCUUGUCACUGUUAAGGGUCAAACUAUAAAAGCCUUGCCCUGUCCAGUGCGUACCUGGUGUUGGGAAGGGACCACCAAGCACAAAGUUUGUGUUUCACUCAACCGCAGACAGAAAGUUCUGUGCACAUAAUAAAGAUUUUACACUCAAAACCAAA